AGGAUUUCUUUGACCGCAGAGAAUCUGUAUCACACAACACAAAUACCCCCCACCACCGGCUGCAACUAGUACUAGUAUAGUAGCAGAGAAUCGUGUGUGAAGAGAAAAUUACUAAUAUGGCGCCAAUCAUUCAGAGCACUCAACCAUGGGUCGAGAAAUACCGUCCAAAGCAAGUGAAAGACGUAGCUCACCAAGAAGAAGUGGUUCGAGUACUCACCAACACUCUCGAAACUGGAAGCUGCCCACACAUGCUCUUCUAUGGUCCUCCCGGCACUGGAAAAACCACUACUGCCCUCGCUAUCGCUCAUCAGCUUUUCGGACCUGAACUCUAUAAAUCUAGGGUUUUGGAACUUAAUGCUAGUGAUGAUCGUGGUAUUAAUGUUGUUCGGACUAAGAUCAAAGAUUUCGCUGCUGUCGCUGUGGGUACCAAUAAGCCUAAGAAUGGUUAUCCGUGUCCACCGUAUAAGAUCAUUGUUCUCGACGAGGCUGAUUCAAUGACAGAAGAUGCUCAGAAUGCACUGAGGCGAACGAUGGAAACUUAUUCUAAAGUUACUAGGUUCUUUUUUAUAUGCAACUACAUUAGCAGGAUUAUAGAACCACUUGCUUCAAGGUGUGCAAAAUUCAGGUUCAAGCCACUGACAGAAGAAAUCAUGAGCAGCCGAAUAGUAUACAUCUGCAAAGAAGAAGGAAUCUACCUUGAUGCUGAGGGUCUUUCAACUUUAAGUAAUAUUUCUCAAGGAGAUCUCCGUCGGGCUAUAACAUACUUGCAGUCUGCUGCUCGCUUAUUUGGAUCUUCCAUUUCUUCCAAGGAUCUGAUUUCUGUGUCUGGGAUUGUUCCAGCGGAGGUUGUUGAGGCACUUCUUAAAGCAUGCAGAAGUGGUAAUUUUGAUUUAGCAAACAAGGAAGUCAACAAUUUCAUUGCAGAGGGGUAUCCUGUCUCUCAGAUGCUAACUCAGUUGUUUGAGGCUAUUGUUGAAGAAAACGACAUAUCAGAUGAGCAGAAGGCAAGGAUAUCCAAGAAGUUGGGUGAAGCAGAUAAGUGCCUAGUUGAUGGUGCUGAUGAAUACUUGCAGCUUCUUGAUGUGGUCAGCAAUACAAUACAAGCUUUAUGUAACAUGCCAGAAGGAUUUGCUUAAGAGGGUUAACUAAUAGAUAGUCAGCACGUUGGAGCCCGUUUUUUUUUUGGAAAGAUGUUGGAGUCCGUUGUUAAUUCACUAUUUGUGUAGAAUUCACUUUUGAAGAAUUUACCCAUGGAAGUUUUUAACACUCCGUUAUUGCUCCUGUACCAAGCAAGUAUUCUACUACUAGCAUAGAGUCCAUAGUUCAGGAGUAAAAA